GCGUGCUGCAGGUGGGACUAGAGUGCUCUGCUCUGCUUCCAUCUCCGCGGUAGACUGUUGACUCCAGCACAACCAUCGGCUUUUUGCUGUGAGAAGCGGAGUCAUGGGCAAGCUUCAGCUAUUCGAUAUUACUUUCACCAACAGCAAAGUGGUCUACAGUCCUGGCGAAUCCAUAAGUGGAACUGUAAACAUUAUAACUAGUAACUCACUGCAAUAUAAGGAUAUUAAGGUGAAUUGCUUGGGAUCAUGUGGGGUCUCCAACAAAAUGAACGACCCUUCGUGGUCACUGGAGGAGCAGUACUUCAGCAGCACACUGUCUCUAGCUGACAAAGGGACACUGCCAGCAGGAGAGCACAACUUCUCUUUCCAAUUUGUCAUUCCUGGUGCUGCCCCGACCUCCUUUGAAGGGCCAUUUGGGAAGAUUGUUUAUCGUGUGAAAGCCGUCAUAGAUACACCUCGCUUCUCCAAAGACUACAAGACCCAGAGGCCCUUCUACCUUCUCAAUCUGCUCAACCUCAAUCAAGUCCCUGACAUUGAGCAUCCCAGUUACGCAGUGACCACUAAGAAGUUUAGCUACCUCCUGGUGAAGACCGGCACCCUGAUGUUAAAGGCUUGCAGUGAUCUGAGGGGGUACACCCCAGGCCAAGUCAUCAGACUAGCCACUGAGAUCCAUAACAAGUCAGGCCGGGACACGGGCUAUGUGCUGGCCAGCCUCAUACAGAAAGUGACCUAUAAGACCAAACGGGCGGUGUAUGACCUGCGGACCAUAGUGGAGGUUGAGGGAGCAGGAGUGAAGGCGGGGAAGCAUGCUGAGUGGCGGGAGCAAAUUAUUGUACCCCCCCUCCCCCAGUCAUCACUGGCUGGCUGCAGCCUCAUUGACAUUGACUACUUCAUACAGGUGUCACUGAAGUCCCCCGAGGUGGUUGUCACUUUACCCAUCUACAUCGGGAACAUCGCUGUCAACUUAACUCCGUCACGGCCUGUGCCCUCAAACCUGGCUCCAACAGCCAUCAGCCCGGGCGGGGUUACCCCCACCGCACCCCCAGCCGAGGUUGACCUGGAGGAGUUGGCUGCUGGGGGUCAAGUCAACGAAGAGAUCCCAACUAAGAGUCACUCCCAGCAUGGUCAAUCGGGCCUGCCCCCCACCAUGUCCCCCAGUGCACCCCGAAACACUCCAGACGUAGCGUCCCUCCUCAGCCAGCCUCAUGCCCAUGAUCCCUCGGGAGCCCUCUUCUGUGUGUCUACUGGGGCCACCAUCCCUUUCUUUACGGAGGGAAACGCAACCCCAGUACCCACGUCCUGUCCUCUCGUCCUGCCUCCUGAGUACAGCGCCUGGGACUACCCCCAUGAACCCCCUCCCACCUAUGAGGAGAGCUGCAGCAGUAACUCCAGCUUCAACAACAGCAGGCCCUAGUGGAGACUGAACAGAAUGCAGCUCGGAACCACAGCGACACUCCCAAAAGGAUCAAUAGCGUUCUGAUUAGCAUGCUCAGAACAUGUUCUCCUAAAUUCCUGUGGACAUGUUCUCCUAAAGGGACAUCAGAUUGUUUUGGGUCUUAUAUUGUUUCUACCCCUUAAAUCCCCGGCUAAAAGGACCUGCUGUUUUAUAGAUAGAAUGAGAGAGGAUAUUCAUUGUGCCUCGUUUAGUCAUAUACUGUAAUGUAUAUGAUGUUCCAUGGUUUGAGCAUUCAGAAGUUUAGGCCAGGAUUUAUAGAAACCCAUCAUAGCAAUAUUGAUGUAUUUUCUUUUUUCCAAUAUUCAUCCUGUGCCCACAAACCUCUUAUUCUGGAAAGUUAAAGCAUAUCUGAGGAAGUCGACUUUAUUGUACGUGUAGGUUUUUAUAACGUACUCAAGACCAGUCUGUGAGUAGAAUUGACUGGGGGAAAAGAGCAACUGCUUAAAUACUGCAAAGCAGGUUUGAUUGAAUUGAGCCCUACCGCUAAUGGAUAAUCAGCAUUUUUGCAUAUGAGAAUAUUCUUGCAUCUGUGAUGCCUUGAUGUCGUUGUAGGCCUGCAGUCUCCUUUAAAAAAAAAUCCUUUUAACAAAAACAAAAGCUGGCCUUUAUUCUAGAUACUUUCCAAACUGUGCAUUUUACGGUAAUUCCUUAUCAUCACAGUCCACGUCUUCUUAUGGGAUCAGUAUGGGUGACAUAGCCCUAAUCAGAUCUACCCCCUGGUGGACAUUAACAGCAGAGGAUUGAGCCCAACACUGGAGUGCUGAGGAGAACAACCUGUGGAGCUCCUGAAAUGUGAAUCUUACCUUGUCACUCCUCAUCAUCUUGAAACAGACAAGCUGGACAUUGUAUUAUUGGCUGUAUAGAGGGGGACUGACCUAAAAAGGUGAUAUGCAUUCAUGACAUCUGGUGCAAAGCAGCUUUUCUUUGGUAUUUUUUACACUGGAUGAAUGGAGAUCUGUUGGUUUUCCCCACGUGGCCUUAACUCCUUCAGUUCUACCUGUAUUACUGUGUUGAAGAAGAGAGCCGUCUUCAGGGUAUCUGUUGCUCUUUUAGUGGCACUUGAUGCCGACGACACAUUUGUUGGUGCGAAACUAGCAGUGUGCACAUUUGUUGGUGCGAAACUAGCAGUGUGAAAUAUAUGAGCACAAGACAGCACUUUUUGACAGUUUGAGACUGUGCAUGUACAUAUUUAGUGUUGUUUGUCGAUGUGUGUAUGUUGUAGCGGUCUGUGUGUGGGUGUUCCCUUAGAGUCUCUGAUAACGUUAGACAGCUCAGUUUGACAUCCGGCCAGAUUGUCCACCAUGUGUUCAUACGGGUGUUUGUUUUGUAUGUCCUUCUUGUGUUUGUUCCAACCUCAUUCUGGCUUCUGUGGCGUCACACAAUUCUGUUAAUCCAAACUUCGGCACCUGCUGUAGAAAGACGCUUAGAGCGAUUUCCCCCUCAGCCUAGGGGAUUUCAGUCUUCAUUGCCAGAAACAAAGAGAGCAGGUGAAAUGCAGCGAUUCAGACCACUGCUUAAGGUAUACAUUUUGUAUUUACCAUGUUCUCAGAAUACACUGGUUUUACAUCACUGAACGUAAUACUAGAACUAACAUAUUGUCAUGUACAUAUUUACUAAGAGCUGUUAACCCAAGCCUUAACUACAUGAUCCUAGUUACUCUGCAAUCUGUAGUCCACAUCCAGGGGCGGUACUUUGGAAUAGCAUCUUUGUCUAGGAGAAUAUUGGGAGUGUUUUUGCAGCCCUCCCUGUUUUUCUAAUUUAGUCACCACAAGCCAGUGCAUGUGAUACAUGCACUGGCUUAAUCCAGAUGUAGCUGUGAAAACCGUGAGGGUUUUCCUCAAUACAUUUUAGCUCUACUUUUUUUAUGCUUGAAAAAUAAAGACAACAAAUUAGCAAUUCUGUUUUCUCCAAGAUUGUUGCAGCAUCUUAUGUAGUUAUUUUAUGCUGCCUUUAUGAGUUCUGUCCCACUGGUUUUAUUUCUCUUCACCACAGGAAUUAUAGCUUUAUGAACAUAAUUGUUUUCCAUUGAACAGUCAAGGUCAGGGGUGUGUGGUUUUGUAUUUUUCUAUUUAUAAACACUUUUCCAGUGCUGAUCAUAGCAAUUUGAGAGAUUAAAUACUAGCACCCUGGUCAGUCGGUGUAAUAAUUGAAAAUGUUGUAAAUCCAAACUGUACAGUGUACAAAUAAAAGUAUCAUCCCCCA